AUGUCUUCUUCUGCAGAUCAACAACAUCAUCACGAACAUAAUGGCCAAUGCUGUGGUGGAAAUCAUCAACAAGCACAACACUUGACUGUUAACGAUGUAUCACCUAACACUCUUUCUGGUGAUGAAUCAGAAUUCAAUUCGGGAUCCUCUCAUAACACAAAGAAGAAAGUCUCUGGUAUUAGUAUUAAGAAGAAAUCAUCUACUUCAUCAUUGGGUGAAGCAGGUUGUUCCCAUCAAAUUGAUUAUAGUCAACUUAGUGCUGCUAAUAAUCAAAAUCCAAAUCUUUCUCGUCCAGAACCAUCUGAUCCUAAUGUUUCUUACACCAUUGAAGGUUUAUUACAAAAGAAACCAGCUGGUAUUAAUGUACCUAUUCAAUUCGAAGAAGAAUUCACUGAAGAAGAACUUGUUGCUCAACAAAGUUAUGAAAAGUUGUUGAAUAACAAUAAGGAAUUUGUUUCAGACAAGUUGGGUUCUGAUCCUGACUUUUUCAAUAGAAUCAAGGAUGUUCAAAAACCAGAUUACAUGUUAAUUGGUUGCAGUGACAGUCGUGUACCUCCUGAUCAAUUGACCAAGACCCAACCAGGUCAAAUUUUCAUUCACAGAAAUGUUGCCAACUUGGUUGUCAAUACUGAUGUUAAUGCCAUGUCAGUUUUACAAUAUGCUGUUGAAGUUUUGCAAGUUAAACACGUCAUUGUUAUGGGUCACACUCGUUGUGGUGGUGUUAUGGCUGCUUUGACAAACAAGCAUUUGGGUUUAAUUGACCACUGGUUGAGAAAUAUUAAGGAUGUUUAUCGUCUCCACAAGGCAGAAGUUGAUGCCAUUGAGGAUAAGGAUAAAAAGAUCCACCGUAUGAUUGAACUCAAUAUUAUUGAACAAACUCUCAAUCUCUGUAAGACUAGUGUUGUACAAAAUGCUUGGGCCAAGGGAAGAACAUUACACGUCCAUGGUUGGUUGUGUGAUAUUGAAACUGGUCUCAUUAAGGACUUGGAAAUUGAAGAAAAGCGUUGGAAGGAAAUUGAAAGCAUUUACAAAUACGAUUUUGAACUCUAA